CGAUAUACGGAAGUGCAUCAGGAAGUCUUCUGGAAACCGAUACAGGAAUACGAUCUGUGUAUUUAUAAAUUAAAUGAAUUAAAUAUAACCUGUUAGCAGUUAUAUACAGCUGUAAUAUAAGCCACCAUGUCCCGGCAAUCCAACAGAACUACAGACAUCAAGAAAAUGAAUUCUGAACUGUUUACCCUCACAUAUGGUGCGCUGGUCACUCAGCUUUGUAAGGACUAUGAGAAUGAUGAAGAAGUGAACAAGCAGCUUGACAAAAUGGGUUAUAAUAUUGGUGUUCGUCUCAUCGAGGACUUCUUGGCUCGCUCUACUGUAGGCAGGUGUCAAGAUUUCCGAGAAACAGCAGAUGUCAUUGCAAAGGUAGCAUUUAAGAUGUAUCUGGGCGUCACACCCAGUGUGACCAACUGGAGUCCUGCUGGGGAUGAAUUCUCUCUCAUCCUCGAAAGCAACCCUCUUGUGGACUUUGUGGAGCUUCCAGAUAAUCACAACACACUUAUCUACUCCAACCUUCUGUGUGGAGUGCUGAGAGGGGCUUUAGAGAUGGUUCAGAUGGCAGUAGAUGUGAGAUUUGCUCAGGACACUUUAAGAGGAGACAAUGUGACAGAGAUACGCAUGAAGUUCAUCAAGAGGAUCGAGGAAAACCUGCCGGCUGGAGAUGAGUGAGGUCACUGCAGUGUUGGUGCUGGGGCAGCAGACCAUGCUGUGCUGGUCUGUCGGGUUUGAAAGACUUUGUUGAUUCCGGUCAGAGUUAUACACCUACAGUUUAGCCAAAAGGCUAGUCUUCUGUCUGACUUUUUAGAAGGAAUAUCCUGCUUUUCGGACCAUCUUAUUGUCAGGUACCUGAGGUCUUUUAUCUUUUAUAGAUUAAACUCUUUUUUUUUUUUUUUUGUAAAAUAUUCUGGUUGGAAAAUUCGGUAUCAUCUUCUAAAUAUCCUAAACCAUGCCAAGUAAAUUUAAGAAUAAAAGAAUGAAGGCAGCAAAAAGUAAAAAGUGUUCCAGAUUUCUGAGUCAUAGAUUUGCUGAAUGAAGGAAGCAAUGAAAGGAUGUACAGACACAUUUAAGCAGGCACAGAUGUUCAUUGUAUUCCCUCUGCAGAUGAUGCAUUUAUCUUUUUUGGCCCCAUAUUAAAAGCAUUUCAGAUAUUCAGCAUAAAUACUUUGUCAUAAAACAUGUUAAAUAAGAAAAGCAACAGAAACCAAAUAAAAGGGCACAGUUUGUUUUUUUUAAUUUGCUUCUUUUGGUAGCAUUUUCAUCAUGUGAAAUGUAGUAAUUAAUGUACAAAUACUAAAUCAAAUUAAAUAACAUACCAAACUAAAA